CAGGGACCUGGCAGUACAAAUCUCCGGGCGGCACUCGAACGCAUCACACAGCGCCUGGUUCCGACGGCAGCUGACGGAGCUGACGGUGUGUUGACAAGUGAGAGCAAACAUAUCUGUUUUAGCUCAGAGGGGAUGGAGAGCUCCACAGAGGCAGCACCCACCGGCUCCUCAGCAUCCACCUUCUCCCAGGUGGUGUUCAUGGGCAUCCCCCACUCAUACCCACCUUCAACCCACGUCACCUGCUGCUACACCCUCAACGCUGCCUUCCAGCCUAAUCCCAGGGACUGGGUGGGCAUCUUUAAGGUCGGCUGGAGCACAACAAAGGAUUACCACACCUUUGUAUGGGUGGAGCCGUGCCUGGAUGUGGUAGGAGAGCAGACAGCGAGGCAGGCUGUUUUCAAGGAUUACUACCUGCCUAAGGACGAGAUCGAGUUCUACCAGUUCUGCUACAUUGACAGUACCGGCCAAGUGAGAGGAGCCAGCACUCCUUUCUGUUUCAGAAACCCGACGGAGCAGAGCAUGGAGAGCAGCCCGGACGAUGACCUCCUGGUUAUUACGACACAGGAGCAAGUGGAGCAGAGCGUGCGGGAGAAGGCUGAGCUGCAGAAAGAGCUGAAUCAGUUCAUGGAGGAAAACGAAACCUUAAAAAAAGCUCUGGAGAACCAGCAGCAAGAAGCCGCCAGCUUGAAGGGGCAGAAUGAACAGAAAGAGAAAGAAAACUGUCAGCUGCUCAGAGAAUUGGAUCAAUUCAAGCAGCAAAAUGAGAAGUUACAACACAACUUACAGCAACAGCUGAUAGAAACAGACCGAAUAAAGGUUUGUUGUCAGGCCACAUGUGAAAAUCUAAACCCAGUGCUGCAGUAUGAGGAGAUGUUGGUCCAAAUGACAAAGCAGAUGGAGAUCCAGCAACAGAGCGCUGCUGAGCAGAUAAAAACGAGCCAGAGCUUGAGUUCAGAGGCGACAUUCAGACAAAAUGAGGCACACCUUCAGGAGAAAUACGACCGAGCCGUGACGAAGAUCAACCAGCUCAAAGGGGAGCGCGACGAGCUGAGGGGGGUGGUCGAAGCUCAGAGCGACGAGAUCGCCUCCCUCAGUUCCAAAAUCAGAGAAGCAGAACGGGAAGUGUUCAAAAUGAAAGACAGCGUCCAGCUUCUGGAGGUCGACCUUCAGAGCAGUGAGAAAGAGAAGGAGGGGCUCGCUGCAGAGCUGCAGAGGUUGCAAAGCCUCACGCACAACAUGGACAGCAUGAAGAGAGAAAACCAGGAGCUAUGCAGGAGGCUGUCGCAGCAGGAGACGCUGCAGAACUCAGAUCCCAGCGACGAUAUGAGGGUGCAGUGUCAGUCUCUGGACUGCCAGCUUCAGGAGGCUCGGCUGAAGUUGGCGGCUGAGAAGGAAGAGUCCAAAAACGCCAAGAGACGAGUCGAGUUUCUGGAGAUGGAGCUGACUCGUGUCAGGGAGCAGGUGGACUCUGCUGUCAUUUCAAGUGCGGAGAUCCAACGGAAAUGUAACAAACAAGAGCUCCAGCUCAGAGAGGCACAUGAAAUGAUCCUGGAUAGUAAGGUCGCGAUCGACGACAAGGAACAAAUGAUGACGCUUUUGAAUCAAGAGAAAGACGAGCUGAUGAGAGAGAACCAGGCUCUCAAACACGAGAUGGAAGAGCUGCGCAGAGCUUAUACCGACCUCCACGCAGCUCCACCAGCUGACACGUCAUACAUGCAGCCUGAAACCGCCUCACCGCCGGCUGGCACCUCUCCGUCCACCCAUGAAUGGCCACAGCCGGAGACACCUGAUCAGGCCGAACAGCUGUAUGAGACUAUAGGGCAAGAGGAAAUGCAAGAGCAAACGCUGGUGUGCCGUCACUGCCAGGAGAGCUUCCCUUUCAUAACUCGACAGGAGCUGGAGCAGCACGAGCAGAGCCACAGAGUGUGUCCUUUCUGCACGAUGAUCUGCGACAACAUGGAGCAGUCUGUGUUCGAAGAUCACGUCUACAGCCACGAGCUGUGAAAGACGUCUUACAUCUUACGAGUUCACGUGCAAAGGUGCCGAUAUCUCUGCACGUUUCUUUUCCUCAUUUAUCCACAGACUUUAUUUUACUGACCUGUUGACUUUUAACACAGUGUCCGCCGUGCAGGAAGAGUCAGCUGGCAGAGACUCGAGUUACACAAUCCAUCACAGCGAACAUCAUGUCCUCAUUUGUUUAGUUUUUGUGCCAAAUGUUAUCUCGUCAUUUUCUGGGACACAUUUAAAAGUAGAGAAAGGUCUGUGGGGGAUUAUCACACACGACUGAUAACUGUGCCAAUAAGAUCCCUCAGGAGUUUCUGUAUCAAUACCAAAAAUAUACAAAAUCUCUCAACAGACCAAUUUUGGUUUGGCAAAAUACUAAAAUAUUUCAAAUUGGCUACAUUUUCUUUGACUGGCAACAGUCCACUACACACACAAAUGUUUCUGGCACUGCCUUCCUCAGUUAACCAGGUGGCAUCAAUGAUUACACUGACCUCAGUUUCACCAGUCGGCACAAAGCGGCCUCGACUUCCACGCUGAGGUUUGAAAGUCAAAUGUUGGUUACAUUAAUGAUGAUGGAGGAUGUCAGUAGACUAAAUGAAAGGUGUGUCGUGACUCUUCUUCUCUUUCAUUUUGUAUGAAACGUGAGCAGGAACUUUGUGAUGAAAGGAGAAACAUAGUUUGAUCUUUUGGACACAUUCUGGUCAGGAACACUUAAUAAGUGCUGACAUGAUGUUAACUGAAAUGUAGCAAGUCUCAAACGUCUUAGGAAAAUAUCUAAUCUAACAUGAAACCAUACUGUAUGCUUUGGAAAAUAAAGUAUUUGAGGUAAAUAUGAACCUUAAAAUGCAGCAUGGCACAUUUAAAACUAUAUUAACCACAAAUCUUCGUCUACAAUCUAACUUUGCACCUGUAAGGAAAUUCUGAUCCAUCUAUAACCAGAUUACGUCGAUUUAAAUGUUUUUUGUUGAUUUCAUGAUAAAUGUAUGUGACUGUGUAUGAACUGUUGACCUGAGGAUGAGCUGAAACAAGUGGAUGUAUGUCAGUGUGAAGAAUAUCACAAUAAAAAUGUAGUUAGACUGA